AUAUUGACGAAUGUGCGAGCAACCCAUGUCAUAAUGGUGCCGCGUGCAACAAUUUACUAAAUGAGUACACGUGCGAUUGUACUCCAGGCUGGCAAGGGUAUGACUGUGAUCAGGAUAUUGACGAAUGUCUCAGUAGCCCGUGCAUCAAUGGAACGUGUUCUAAUCUACAAAAUGCAUAUAGAUGCACGUGUUUCCCCCAAUAUACCGCCAGAAACUGUGACUACUUGAUCGGCUCUCCUAUGGACGGACAGUGGGGACAGUGGGAGGCAUGGCAGGGUUGUUCAGUUACGUGUGGCACAGGAAGACAGCGCCGGUAUCGAGCCUGCGAUGACCCUCCACCAGAUUAUGGUGGCCAACCUUGUGUCGGGGACUCUUUUGAUGAAAAUGUUUGUUCAGGGGCCGGUUCAUGUCCAGUACCAGUUGAUGGAAACUGGGGUGCAUGGUCAGUUGCUGCCCCGUGCAGUGUUACAUGCGGAACUGGACAUUCGGUCAGAACAAGAAACUGUGACAACCCUGCUCCAAGUAAUGGAGGAAGAGUAUGCACUGGAGAUGCUAUGGUAGUUGAGCAGUGCACAGUGACUGCAUGUCCGGCGUCCGGGUCGUCAAACGGAACAGGAUCGUCAAGCCGGGGAGCAAAUUACGUUAACGUUUGUCCCGUCGGCUGGCUAUCGUGUGCCUCAGGUUCAGUCACAUGUAUAGACGAAGCGUUCAAGUGCGACUGCGUUCCUGACUGCGAUGACAGAAGUGACGAAACCGAACUCUGGGCUGGUUGCGACCCGACUUUGAUGCAGCUCUGUUCAGCAGCUCCAGAUUUUAAGAUGGGAUGGUUGAUUGCAGUUAGUGUUUUCUGUGCGAUACAUCUUGUGAAAUUGUUGUAA